AAUUCUCUUGUCUAUGACUAGUGAUAUGUCAUAUCAAAAUUCCUAUUUCACUUUGUUGUUCUUUAAAGUUAUUUAGAAUGUCUCUAGCUAAUAAUUAUUAUGGAAAGUCACCAAGCCGAACAUGACAAGAACGGAUUGGUGGCUGAAACGUUCUGGAGGACUCCACAGAGAGCUGUCCCAGGCAGACCUUGUCAGAGGAUUCAACAAAACAAGGUUAUGUCUGGUUCAUCAUAUCAGCAGUUCCAGGCAUCGGUGAACGAUGCCUGGGACCUCGGCGAUGACGACAUCAUCUCUGGCAUAGCAGAGACUAAGAUAUCUAAAGCCAUAUCCCAAACAGCCGCUAUAAAUGUUAUAAAUUCCCAUCGGAAAAGUACUAAGAACGUAAACAAUGACGUCAAAGUUAAUGAGGGGGUAAAGCCAAUGGAGGAAGUUGUAGCUGUUAGGAAAAAUGAAAUUCGUAAAAUCGGUGGCGUCCCAGGUGGUAGUUCAGGGUUACGUCAUUAUCCUGGACGUCCAAGACCAGUGAAGUUGUCGGCGCUGACUUCAAGAGAAGAAAGCAGUGAAUCUAAACUGGAAAGAUUUCAGCAAGUUCUAGAGAGUGCUGUGUUGGAUUUGAAUGAGCUUAAACAGCUCAGUUGGUCUGGAAUUCCAACGAAGGCCAGAGCGGUAACAUGGCGCCUGCUGGCUGGUUAUCUACCAGCCAACGCUGAGCGCCGCGCAGAGACUUUGGAACGUAAGAGGGCGGACUACAAGCACCUCGUGCGGCAGUACUAUGACGCUGACAGGGAGGAAGACACCUACAGACAGAUUCAUAUAGACAUACCAAGGAUGAGCCCCCUAGUGGCUCUGUUCCAACAGAUAACAGUACAAGUGAUGUUCGAGCGCAUCCUGUACAUCUGGGCAAUCAGACAUCCAGCAUCAGGGUAUGUGCAAGGUAUCAAUGACCUGGUGACUCCAUUCUUCAUGGUAUUCUUGCAAGAAGCUGCUCCUGGGAAGGAGUUAGAUAACUUCCCCCUGGACUCCUUGACUGAGGAACAACGCAACAUCAUCGAAGCUGACUCCUUCUGGUGCCUGUCCAAGUUUCUCGACAGUAUACAGGAUAAUUACAUCUUUGCUCAACUCGGGAUCCAAUACAAGGUGAAUCAGCUCAAGGAGCUGAUCCGCCGCAUCGACCUACAACUCCACGAACAUCUACAAAGACAUGGCGUCGAUUACCUACAAUUUUCCUUCCGCUGGAUGAACAAUCUACUAACACGUGAAAUACCUCUUCCUUGCACCAUUCGACUAUGGGACACAUAUUUGGCUGAAUCAGAUGGAUUCGCGACAUUUCAGCUUUAUGUCUGCGCCGCCUUUCUGCUACACUGGAGGGAACGACUCAUGUUGGAAAAAGACUUCCAAGGUCUCAUGAUCCUAUUACAAAACGUCCCGACCCAGAACUGGUCGGAUUCCAAUAUAAGUCUAUUGGUAGCUGAAGCCUACAGGCUCAAGUUCGCGUUCGCUGACGCACCCAAUCAUUUGCACAAUGCCGGGAAAUCCGAUAGAUGACGUGGAUUGAAAAAUUUUUACUUAUGAAGUGCAAGGCUCAGGACAUGUCAUGCACAACGACUAAUUUUUUUUAAAAUAUCACCAAUUCCAUGUACCUAUGUGUUUAUCAAAUGCCAAAAAAAUAUUAAAUGUUUUGUGUGUCAUUUCUGCUCCAUAAAAAAUAUAUAUAUAUAUAAAAUUUAUAUUUGUCCGAAUUGUGCCUGUUCCUAGACUUUCGGUAUAUAAAAAAGUUCAUAUAAACGGAAAGUUCAGUGGUAUAAACAAGAAAUGCCGCCAUUUUAAAAUAACUUUUGUCAAACUUGACAUUUGCACCAAUGCGUAUUUGUUCUAAGUUUAAUUAGUAUAGCAUAAGGUUUAUUUUGAACUAACAAUAAAUAAUGUAUUCAUCACUAACAUAGUAUAGUUCUGAUUGUAAAUACAAUAAUUUUUGUUAUGGUACAGGUUAUAUUUUUGACUUUAAAAGAUUUCGGGGAUAUAUAAUCUAUAUUAUUUAUAAGAUUAACCUAAAAAGCUACAUUUUAUUUAAUAACUUUAAAAUGGCGAGCGACGGAAAGGAAAUGGACAUGAUAUAUACUAGAUAUAUAGUAGGAUUUAUAGGGUACCGAAAAAUUUUAUAACCAAAUUGCUAUAAAAUAAUUUGGCCGUCGCGUUAUUGCGAUCUCACUUGUGGGCUCUAUGAACGUGACACAUCAGUCGCGUGGAAGGGGCAGUGUGUUGGGAACAUUGGUAUUAAGUCUGAUAUUGAACUGUACUGAAGGCCUACAAUAAUAAGUCCGGGUCAAAAUCCGGCAUAUUCCUUUUUAAGUGUACGUUGCUUUAUUGUGGCACUAUUUGUAAAGUUUCGCGUUAAAUAUACGAAUAUAAUGUGUA